GGAGAAGCUGGUACUGGAUACUGAAUAAACAAACUAUUAGUAGAGCAGAAGAAUAUGGAGAGAUGUCUGACACUCAUUUUACUGUCCUCAGUUGUAAAACACAUCAGAGCUGAGAGUGUAAAUGUGAGGUUGGUUGGUGGUAACAGUCCCUGUGCAGGUAGAGUGGAGGUUCUUCAUAGAGGACAGUGGGGAACAGUGUGUGAUGAGUUUUGGGAUAUGGCUGAUGCUGCAGUGGUGUGUAGAGAACUGGACUGUGGAAAACCUGUUUAUGCUCUGCGUAAUGCUCAAUUUGGACCAGGAUCAGGACCAAUCUGGAUGAGUUUUGUCAUGUGUACUGGAUCAGAGUCUACACUGAAGAACUGUGGGUCAGGAGGAUGGGGUAAACACACCUGUGAUCAUAUUAGAGAUGCUGGAAUCAUCUGCUCAGGAGUCAGACUUGUUGGAGGUUCUCGCUGCUCUGGGAGAUUAGAGAUACUUCAUGUGAAGACGUGGGUUUCAGUUUGUGAUGCUGCCUUUGACCAGCAGGAUGCAGAGGUUGUGUGUAGAGAGUUGGACUGUGGGGCUCCUGUACAGGUGCUGGGAGCAGCUGCUUUUGGCAAAGGGGAGGGUCAGAUGUGGACAGAAGAGAUUCAGUGUAGAGGCAACGAAUCUCAGAUUCAUCUCUGUCCAAAAUCACCAUCAAUCAAAAGCAACUGUUCUCAUGACAACAUCAUUGGAUUGUUGUGUAGCGGUAUGAACAUAAUGAAUGUGAGGUUGGUUGGUGGUAACAGUCCCUGUGCUGGUAGAGUGGAGGUUCUUCAUAGAGGUCAUUGGGGAACAGUGUGUGAUCAAGGUUGGGAUAUGGCUGAUGCUGCAGUGGUGUGUAGAGAGCUGGACUGUGGGGAGCCUGUAGAUGCUCUGGGUGAUGCUCAUUUUGGACCAGGAUCAGGACCAAUCUGGAUGAAUAAUUCAAUGUGUACUGGAUCAGAGUCCACACUGAAAAACUGUGGAUUAGUAGAAUGGCCUUAUGACUGUGAUCAUAAUAAAGAUGCUGGAGUCUUUUGUGCAGGCGUCAGGCUGGUUGGAGGUUCUCGCUGCUCUGGGAGAUUAGAGAUACUUCAUGAGAACACGUGGGUUUCAGUGUGUGAUGCUGCCUUUGACCAGCAGGAUGCAGAGGUUGUGUGUAGAGAGCUGGACUGUGGGGCUCCUGUACAGGUGCUGGGAGCAGCUGCUUUUGGCAAAGGAGAGGGUCAGAUAUGGACAGAAGAGAUUCAGUGUAGAGGCAACGAAUCUCAGAUUCACUUCUGUCCAAAAUCACCAUCAAAUGAAAACAACUGUUCACAUGAAAACAACGUUGGACUGGUGUGUGCAGACAGUGUAAAUGUGAGACUGGUGAAUGGUAACAGUCCCUGUGCUGGUAGAGUGGAGGUUCUUCACAGAGGACAGUGGGGAACAAUGUGUGGUGUUUACUGGGAUAUGGCUGAUGCUGCAGUGGUGUGUAGAGAGCUGGACUGUGGAGAACCUGUAGAUGCUCUGAGUGAUGCUCAUUUUGGACCAGGAUCAGGACCAAUCUGGAUGAAUCGAACAUUAUGUACUGGAUCAGAGUCCACACUGAAGAACUGUGGAUCAGUAGAUUGGGGUGCUUUUGUCUGUGAUCAUGGUAAAGAUGCUGGUGUCAUCUGCUCAGGUGUCAGGCUUAUUGGAAAUUCUCGUUGCUCUGGACAAGUGGAGAUACUUCACGAGAACACGUGGGUUUCAGUGUGUGAUGCUGCCUUUGACCAGCAGGAUGCAGAGGUUGUGUGUGGAGAGCUGGACUGUGGGGCUCCUGUACAGGUGCUGGGAGCAGCUGCUUUUGGCAAAGGAGAGGGUCAGAUAUGGACAGAAGAGAUUCAGUGUAGAGGCAACGAAUCUCAGAUUCACCUCUGUCCAAAAUCAUCUUUUCUCGAAAAAAACUGCUCCCAUGAAAAUGAUGAGGGUCUUCUGUGCGGUGACCCAAAAAAUGUGAGACUGGUUAAUGGUAACAGUCCCUGUGCUGGUAGAGUGGAGGUUCUUCAUAGAGGACAGUGGGGAACAGUGUGUGAUGGAGGUUGGGAUAUGACUGAAGCUGCAGUGGUGUGUAGAGAGCUGGACUGUGGGGAGCCUGUAGAUGCUCUGAGUGAUGCUUAUUUUGGAGCAGGAUCAGGACCAAUCUGGAUGAGUCUUGUAUUUUGUACAGGAUCAGAGUCAACACUCAAGAACUGUGGAUCAGCAGGAUGGAAUAUACCUAUUUGUACUCACAACUCUGAUGCUGGGGUCAUCUGUACAGGUCACAAACGUUCCAGACUUGCUGCUGGGUCUCAUCUGUGUUCUGGGAGAUUAGAGAUACUUCAUGAGAAGACGUGGGUUUCAGUGUGUGAUGCUGCUUUUGACCAGCAGGAUGCAGAGGUUGUGUGUAGAGAGCUGGACUGUGGGGCUCCUGUGCAGGUGCUGGGAGCAGCUGCUUUUGGCAAAGGAGAGGGUUACACAGUGCUCAGACUGGCAAAUGGCACAGACUCCUGUUCUGGAAGAGUGGAGCGUCAGUUACACAGAUACUGGGGCACAGUAUGUGAUAGAUGUAUGGAUAUGAGAGCUGCCAGUGUCCUCUGUAGACAGCUGAAUUGUGGGAUUGCUGUGUCUGUUGUGGGAGCAGACUGGUUUGGAGAGGGAAGUGGUGAAAUCUGGGCUGAUGUGUUUGAUUGUCAGGGGAAUGAAACACGACUCUCACUAUGUCCCAUCUCUUCAUGGAGUCGAGCUGAACAUUCUCAUAGACGAGAUGUUGGAGUCAUCUGUUCUCAUUCAUCUCUGGCUCUUCAUGAUGGGCGAGUGCGGUUGUUAGGAGAGAGAGAGUGUGAGGGGGAGGUGGAAGUUUACAUCCAUCAGGUCUGGAGGAGAGUUCUGCUGGACUCCUGGAGUCUCACUGAAUCAUCUGUGGUCUGCAGACAGCUGGGUUGUGGCUCUGUGCUGAACUUCUAUGGCUCCUCUUCAUCCAGUCCUGAACACAGUAAUGAGUGUGUGAUGGGCUUCCAGUGCUCUGGGAGUGAAGCUCACCUGAGGAACUGCAGCUCUCCACAAACUCUCAACUGCAGCUCCACACAACAGCUGUCAAUCACCUGCCUUGGUCGUGGGUCCAUCAGGCUGGUGGGUUCUGGAGGAGACUGUGCAGGGAGGCUGGAGGUUUUUCACAACGGCUCUUGGGGGACAGUGUGUGAUGACUCCUGGGAUAUUAAAGAUGCCCAUGUAGUGUGCAGACAGCUGCAGUGUGGAGUGGCCCUCAGUAACCAGCAGGUACCAGCCUGGUUUGGUCCUGGUUCUGGACCCAUAUGGCUGGAUGAGGUGAACUGUGAGGGGAAUGAGACAUCCCUGUGGAACUGCUCUUCUCAGGUCUGGGGAAAACAUGACUGUAAACACAUGGAGGAUGUAGGAGUCAUGUGCUCAGAGUUCAAAGAAAUCAGGUUGACUGAUGGUUGUAAAGGGAAUGUGGAGGUUUUCUACAAUGGCUCGUGGGGUAAUGUAUGUUAUAACCAGAUGGACAGAGACACAGCGAGUCUGAUCUGUCAAGAGCUGAACUGUGGAAAAUCUGCCAGUGAACCCAGUAACUCACAAGGACUAAAGUCUAAUUGGCUGGAUCAAUUUAUAUGUCGUCCUCAUGACUCAACUCUGUGGCAGUGUCCAUCUUCAACCUGGGGACAGAAUAACUGUCAUCAUAAUGAGGUUGCUCAUAUAACUUGCUCAGAAAAGGAAAACGAUGAAUUGCCUCGAAGUCAUCUUUCAUGUUCUGCAGCUCCAAACCAGAGACACUGUACAAAGUAUGUUCCUCUGAGACUGAGUGGAGGGAAGGGCCGGUGCUCUGGGAGACUGGAGGUGUAUCAUAAUGCUGUGUGGGGUUCAGUCUGUGAUGAUCAGUGGGACAUCAGGGAUGCUCAGGUGGUCUGCAGGCAGCUGGGUUGUGGAGCAGCACUGAGUGCUGAUGGGAAUGCAGCCUUUGGUGCUGGUGAAGGUGUUGUGUGGCUGAACAGAGUCGAGUGCAGAGGGAAUGAGAUUCACCUGUGGGACUGUCCUCUCUCCCUGAAUAAUCACACUGACUGCUCACACAAAGAGGACGCUGGACUCACCUGUGCAGAUUUGUCUGUGUCCACUACUCCUGCCCCUACCACAUCAACGUUUCCUCCAGUUUCACAGACAGACGUGACACCAUCUCUGUCCUCACAGAUCACUCGUCCACAAACUCCUCCAGCAUCUUCUUUCUCCAUCCCUCCAGUGGUUUUGAUUGUACUGGGAGCUGUACUCUUACUGCUCUUACUGCCACUCAUUAUACUGAUUCAGCAGAACAGAGUGAUGAGGAGAGCUCUUUCCAAGAGAAGACACAAGACUCAGACUGAAGCAGUUUAUGAGGAGAUUAAUCACAGACUCAUCACAAAUAAAGAUAAACACAUCACUCAGAGAGGAAGAGUCCUUUCUGAAGAACAGCAUUCUGGGUAUGAGGAUGCUGAUGAGAUUCUUUCAGCUAAAUCUGCAGUAGGAGACUCAUCUGGACACUAUGAUGAUGUCACCACCACUAAAGUCCCAAAAGAAGAGCAACAAGACACACCAGAGACCUACGAUGAUGCAAUCACUGCUGGACUGAGACAUUGUGCCACAGAUGACAUACCAGAAAACUAUGACGAUGUUGUGAUCGUGCGACAUUUGUCCAAUAAUAAAACAGAGGGAGUUCAGGAGGAGUAUGAUGAUGUGAGGGAUGUCAGUGAAGAUGUGAGAAACCUGUUUGACUAUGAUGAUGUGGGGAAGGUGCCAGGCAAACAUGAAGAGACUGUUUAACUCAGGAACCACACACACAACCUCAAAUCUUUUUACAGCUUUUGGAAAUGCAUGGAGUUUAAGUGAUCUUAUAUACAAGUUUCAAUUGCAGUCCAGCAAAGUUUUAUAUUAAAUUUAAUGUGUUCAAAAUUAUCAGUUGAAUUUAGCUGAUUUUCUUUUGACAGACAGAAAAAUGUCUUGCUUUCAUGGACUUUUGAAAAUGUUGAUUUCUUUUUCCUCUUCACUUUAAAUCAGUCAAAAUACUACUUAUAGAUGAAUGUGUUUAAUAGUUUCAUGAUUAUAGAAUGAGGAUUUAUGCAAUGAAGAUGCUGAAAAUCUUGAGAUGUAUUUUCUAGAAGCCACUUGUACUGUAACAUGGAAUCGCAGACAUUUCUGAAUGUUGAUUUUGACAAUUGUUGUGCUUUUGAUGGUGCAGGACACAUACAACACAGCACUAUUUCCAUCGUUGCAGUUCCAAAUUUAUGCAUUACACCACCAGGCCUCUGCAAAAAUGGAAAGAGAGGUCAAAAAAAUUAUUUAAAAAAGAUAUAUAGCGAUUUCCACUUGAUCAAACUAUUUAGAAACAUUUCUAUCUUGUGGCAAAUUUUAGAAAUUUGAUUAAAAACUUACAAACUUGGUUGAUUCCUGACAAACAGAUUCAGAAAUCUUUCUGUAAGAGCAGAAUCUUUAAACAACUGAAAUUGUUGUAAUUUGUGUAUUUACUUAAUAGUCGAUGUGAAUUUACUUGUUUUGACAUUUGACAGAUGUUUUGUAUUUAUAGUGACUUACAGUGCUCUUUUGUUUGGACAGGAGCUAAAUGGGACAUCAAACUUUGCUGAAUGGUACGAUAGUGAUGCAGUCGGACUACCAGAUCUGUUACUGUGAUGAGUUCAGACAGUUCACCAUUCAGCAACUGUAAUUAUUAUGUUGGAAAAGCCAGUUCUGUGCACUCCUGUCCAAACAGCCUUUAUAGUCAGUCAGCAUCAGAAGUGGGAAAAGAGAAUGAAUGUGUGUGGAAGUAGACAUCAGUGAAUGAAUUUGAGUAACCUGUUUGUUUAAUAAAUAAUAACUGUUAGUCAGAGUUUAUUACAAGUGUGAAUAUGAUGUUUAUUUUGUCAUAAAGCACUGAACGUUUAUCAAUGGUCAUGUGGGGUUUCACACCUUAUGAAUACGCCUCAUUUAAUUGCUUGUAUUUACGUGGGCAAUUUUAUAUUCUAUAAAGCAAAAUUGGCUCUUUUUUAUUUUUCUACAUGUUAUUAUCUAAAUGGGAAUUUCUUGUUAU